AUGUAUUUGCAACUUCUUCGUCGCCAUUUCGCGGCGUAUGCUGUUCUCUGCCUUAUUGGAAUAAGAGUCACCACCGCUCAAGAGGAGGACUUGGCGCAAUUUGGCGACACCAUUCAGGUUCUCGGCAAGAUGGCAAGAACUGACCAGGACUUUGUCGAUGGCCUGGCUCUGGAUCUUUUCUCGCCAAGCAACCGUACGUUGGUUGUGACGAACAACACGUCGCCGCUGCCGGGUAAUUUUGUCACUGGUAGCUCGGGUGAAGGCUUUAUCAACCUCUCCAACUACAGCUGGAUUAUCAAAUUCAACGAAACAGCCAACGACCUUAUCGCAAAAGUCGAGCUGCCAUACGACCCAGUCUCUUUGGCAGAGCAGGGCAUUGCCGUAGGGAAUACCUAUGUCGGCACGCUAUCCGCGGACAAGAAGUCGUGGGUUGUAUCUGAAUCGCAGAGAAACGUACAUGUCACCGAGAACAAAACCCGCAUUAUCAAGAUGACCUCCCUCGAAGGCGAGUUUAUGCUUCUAGGCCGCAAGACUGAAGAUAUCACAAAUAUCUUUGUGCAAUAUGGUCAAGGGGCAACUCGGACGGUCAAUGUUACUGGCGGCAAUGCAACCCAAGAAGCUGAGUUCGUCGACGGGCUACGUUUCAGUAUCAAAUCAGCAAAGCCAUUUACUUUGAACGCGGAUAUCCCGUUUGGCGUGGAUGAUGCAGCAAUGCCGAGUGGUGCUGUACCUUUAAUCAAUAGAGACAUAUUAGCAACAAAGGUUGCCGGGAUGUCGUAUGAGCGUCUCGUGGUCGCACGAAGAAAACCACAAGCGAACCAGACCGUAGCGUUUGAAGUCAUGAAAGAGCAAGAAGUUCUCGAGACAGAGGACCGAAUAAAGGUUACCGGCCUAUCCAACAUAGACGGAGAGUACAUCCUUUUGGCUAUGCGCGAGAAAAACCCUGAAGAAGGAGACGAAUAUGGUGGCGGCGAGAACAGAUCAGAAGGUAGCACCCCUUUGUAUUAUAGUUUAUGA